CAAAACGCAAGAAGACACAAAAAAAGAGGAACAAGAAGGUGAAGCAGUAGGAGUUCAUGCAAGAAAUGAAGCAGUAGUGGAGCAAUGCAAGGAGGCUCAUCGGGUAUCGGUUACGGUCUCAAAUACCAGGCUAGAUGUAUAUCAGAUGUUAAAGCUGACACAGAUCACACCAGCUUCAUCACCGGCACUCUCAGUCUCCGAGAAGAAAAUGAGGUGCAUUUGAUUCGGCUCUCUUCGGAUGGAACUGAGUUAGUUUGUGAGGGCUUGUUUUCGCACCCUAAUGAGAUCUGGGACAUUUCGUCCUGCCCAUUCGACCAACGCAUUUUCUCUACUGUUUAUUCUACUGGUGAAUCAUACGGAGCAUCAAUAUGGCAGGUUCCUGAGUUGUACGGGGAGCUAAAUUCUCCUCAGUUGGAAAUAAUUACCACCCUUGAUGGAGAUGUUGGCAAAAUCAAGUCCAUUAUUUGGUGGCCAUCUGGAAGGCAUGAUAAGGUGAUCAGCAUCGACGAACAAAAUAUAUGCUUAUGGAGCUUAGAUCUUUCAAAAAAAAGUGCUCAGGUUCAAUCGCAGGAGUCAGCUGGUCUUGUUGCUCAAUCUGGUGGAGCAUGGGAUCCACAUGACAUGAAUGCUGUUGCAGUAACGUGUGAAUCUUCCGUUCAAUUUUGGGAUUUACGGGCAAUGAAGAAGACAAAUUCAAUUGAACAUGCUCAUGUUCGCAAUGUUGAUUAUAAUCCAAAGAAGACACAUAUACUUAUGACUGCAGAAGAUGAAUCUGGAAUUCGUAUGUGGGAUCUGAGGAAGCCAAAGGUUCCUAUCCAGGAACUACCUGGACAUACACACUGGACAUGGACUGUCAGGUGCAACCCUGAGUAUGAUGGGCUGAUUUUGAGUUCUGGUACGGACUCAACAGUCAACCUGUGGUUAUCAUCUCAACCUAGCAACAAUGAAACAAUAACUGAAAGCCUUGUAGAGUCACCAAGUAAGCAGAUUAAUCCAUUGCUCCACUCAUACAGCGACUAUGAAGACAGUAUCUAUGGCCUCACUUGGAGCUCUCGUGAGCCUUGGAUAUUUGCAUCACUAUCCUAUGAUGGGAGGGUGGUUGUUGAAUCAGUGAAACCAUUUCUCUCUCGGAAAUAAGGUCCGCAGACUGCUUCAUUGCUGUCAUCGGCAUACUCGGUGCGUGUGAUUAUAAUUUUCUUUGUUGACUUUAACAAUCAAAUUCUGGAUUCACAUUUUUGGGUCAAUUAUGCUAUGUGAUUAUACAUGACAUUCCGACAUAACACCAACUGAAUUUUGGUUUGUAUUAGUGUAUUACCUCCGCUACUGGGGAACCCAAUGCUUUUAAUGAGGCAAAAGGG